GAACUGGUCGAACUUUGCUGUUGCAAAGUCGCACCCGAGCAAAAGUCUGCGAGUGUGGCUGGCUGGUGCAUCGCCGCUGGCGACGCGAAGACUGCAAAUCGCAUAGCCUUACGGCUUAGGGCACCCAAGGGAAAGGGGCACGGCAUACUGCCAUUUGAGGAAGUGUUCGGCACCAUGCUGCACGAGCUUACCCACAUCAUUCAUACAAAGCAUACAGCCGCUUUCUACGAACUGAUGGAUGAGCUGAGCAGGCAAUGGGAACAGCUGGAAGCCAGUGGACACGUCCUGGAUGAGUCCGGCUUCCCCACUGUGGGAGGACAUCGAGUCGACCCAAUGAACCACAAUCCCAGCGCCCUUGAGGCCGCCAAAUUUCAGGCGCUGGCUGCAGAGAAGCGAAUGCGGAUGAACCAGCUCAUGGGCUCCGGCAAACUUGGGGGACGACUGGACUGGAAGCAUCUCCCUGUUCGAGAAAGGGCCGCUCGAGCUGCCGAGCGGCGUGCGGCUGAAGCCAAGCUGGGUUUCGGAGAUGAGGAGUUGCCGGAUGAGGUCAGCCAAACUUCAACAGGAAGCUCCAAAGAGAAGCUAUCCAUCCUGGCAAAGAGGAAGUGGUGCCAAAAAGCUGGCUGUUCCUGCACGUCCCCUCACCUGGAGCCAACGCCCAAGCAGGAGAAGCCCAUGGCUUCUGCGUUUGCCACGGUAGACGAAGACGAGUUGAUUCAGCAAGCCAUCCUGGCCUCGAUUGUAGAGUCUCAGAGGCUGCAUCCAACUGCAGAGAGUGAGCACCUGCAGACCUGCAUUGUGCUUAGUGAUGAUGAGGACACUGCAGCUGCGGGCUAG